AUGCAUAUCAUCCGAUCUACCCUCGUUUUCUAUGUUCUACUGUUGUCGGGCUUCGUGGUGUCCCAGGACGCCCAACGGCCAUUGGGAACAGAGCUGCCUGCGUCUCCGAAGGCCCCGAAAAGAGUUGCAGUAAUAGGUGCUGGGUCCGGUGGUUCGUCUGCUGCUUACUAUCUCCGAACUUACGCCGAUUACUUUUCCGUUCCUAUAAACAUUACAAUAUUCGAGCGAUCGCCCCAUGUCGGCGGACGAUCAACUACAGUUAAUGUUUUCGAUGACCCAUCCCUGCCCAUCGAGCUGGGGGCAUCGAUAUUCGUCGAGGCCAAUAAAAACCUCAUGAAAGCUGCAAAGACUUUCGGCCUUACUAUCCAGGGCGCUGGAGAUGGUCGACCCAAAGAAGCAACAGACAGCGUGGGUGUAUGGGAUGGAACUAAAUUCGUCUUCCAGCAGAGAGAAGGAAACUACAGAUGGUGGAAUAUCUUGCAGCUGCUCUGGCGGUAUGGAUGGGCUCCAAUGCGAACGCAGGAUUUGAUGAAGUCCACGAUCGACAAGUUCCUGAAAUUAUACCAAUACCCGCUCUUCCCAUGGAAGUCGCUAUCUGAAGCUGCACGGAGUAGCGGGCUGAUCGAGUCAACCUGGGCUACCGGGGCAGAGUUUUUGAAAGCAAACCACAUCUCGGAAGCAUUUUCGAGAGAGAUUAUUCAAGCAAGCACUCGUGUGAACUAUGGCCAAAACCUUCCGCUCAUACACGGACUGGAGACCAUGGUGUGCAUGGCCGCGCAGGGAGCAGUUUCAAUCCGGGGAGGGAACUGGCAAAUAUUUCGCGGUAUGGCUGCAGCAUCUAAAGCAGUUUUGAACCUUGAAACCGAGGUUACAAACGUGAAGAGACGAGAGGACAACGCCUAUGCCGUUUCUUAUGUUACGAAAACUAACACGACGGAGCAAGAAGCGUUCGACCACGUCGUCCUUGCAGCACCGCUUCAGUUCUCAGGCAUUAAGCUUGGGCCUACUAUCAAUAACCGCCCAGAUGAGAUCCCCUACGUCAAGUUAUACGUGACCCUAUUCUCCUCGCCUCACAAACUGUCCCCGAAAUACUUCAACCUCCCACCCAACGCCCUGGUACCCGAGACCGUUCUCACCACCUUACCCAAGGGACUUGACUUGGGACAUCGCCGUGAUGGGGUUGGCCCUACCGGAUUCUGGAGUAUAAGCACUCUGCAAAAGGUACGGCCACCGGUGAAACAACGGGUCAACGUUCCAGAUCACUAUGUGUACAAAGUUUUUUCGCCUGAGCCACUGAGCACAGCAUUCCUAUCGGGUAUCCUAGGAAUCAAAGGGCCGGCAAAGGGAUCCAUAUCCGAUUUUUUGCAAUCCGAUAUCAGCUGGAGCCAUGAAAAAUUGUGGCAUUCAUAUCCCGUGCUAUACCCGCGUGUGACGUUUGAAGAAAUCCAGCUAGCUCCAAACCUAUGGUACACGAGUGGGAUAGAGAGUUUGAUUUCAACCAUGGAGACGAGCUCUCUUUCUGGGAUGAACGUUGCUGCGCUGAUGGUUUCCCAGGAGACAGAGGAUUUUAAGCCGAAGAUGAAUAUGUUUGAUUACGGCUUACUGUAG